AAUGCUUUUAGUUGGAUAUGUGCCGCGGUUUCAGUAAGAACGUUUUUCUCCUUUCGGCUGUUGCGCGCAGGACCUUCUGCAUUUACUGUGCACUUCAAACAGUUAUCAUUUGUGGCACCGCCAGUGUAGGUAAUGAUGAUACAGUCAAUUGGUGCUUGAAAGGAUCUGUUGUUGCAAAACUAGUGAUUUAUUUUCUGUCGGCUUUCUUCUGCUAGAGUACAUGAAAGUGUUUUUUUUUGGAGAGAAGAAAAGUUGAUUUUUUUGUUGGCUUGGAUGUGAUGUGGAUUGAAAAGGAUUAAGGGCCUUAGUUGAGUGUGCUGACCGAGCGAAAAAAAAUAGUAGUAACAAAGCGUGGCUUUAAAAUUGUACAAAAAUAAUUACAGUGUGGAAACUUCUGAGGAAAAGGAAGUUGUGCAAGUGGGUAAACCGGAAACCGUGAUCUCUAGCUUGCUGGCAAAUUCCUGUUUAUUUUUAGCAACAUAAAUGAAACGCACAGUGUAAGCUUCCACAACAAGCAAAGAAAUAAGUGCAAAAUUAAAUCAAAUUCACCCAAGGAGUGCAAAAAAAUGUUUUUAUCGCAGUGCAAGGAAGUUGCGAAGGAAUUUACACACUCAGCACAGCAGUCGGGGCGUUGUAGCCGUACCCUGUGAGCGAGAGAGGCGAAUAGCAGUCGGGCUGGUCGUUGCUGCGCGCUGCAAAAAAAACCCGAACAAAUCAAAGUAGUCGGGCGAACCCGCCUAGAGUCGCGGUCAUCAUUCGCGGUACGUGCGUUGGUGCAACGGAGCAGGAAAAGGAAACUCCCGGAGCCGGCCGACAAGAACAACCGAUCCGUGGCGGUGGCGUCGGCGGCGAAGAAAAAUUGCCAGCAAAACCCUCUCGGCCAGGAGGAGGAAACCUACUUGUUUGUACGCGAAUUUGAAUUUGAAGCUUGGCUGCCCGGAAAGGAGAAACAUGUAAAAUAGGAGAAGACUCCGGUUUUAACUCGACUGAAACAAUCACCUGUUCAGGUGGGAACGCUAGCAAACCUUAGUCACUAUACGAAGGACGACGUCGGGUGACGUCGCAAUAAACUAAACGUACUAUACUAGCUAAAACAGAACAAUCAUCAUCAAACAAUGUCGUCCCAAAGAUUUUGCCUACGGUGGAACAAUCACCAGACGAACCUACUGUCCGUGUUCGAUCAGUUGCUGCACGCAGGAACAUUCAUCGAUGUCACACUGGUUGUGGAAGGACAGUUCCUGAAGGCACACAAGAUGGUCCUUUCGGCCUGCAGUCCGUAUUUCCAAGCCAUUUUCGUCAACCACCCGGAAAAGCAUCCGAUCGUCAUUCUGAAGGAUGUUCCAUACAAUGACAUGAAAUGCCUGCUGGACUUUAUGUACCGGGGCGAGGUGUCGGUUGAUCAGGAUCGUCUGGCGGCGUUUCUACGAGUAGCGGAAAGUUUACGAAUAAAGGGUCUCACCGAAGUGAACGAUGACAAACCACCCCCGCCGACGGCUUCGUUAACCGGUCCCGGUAGUGGCACAACUACCACCGGCUCCAGUGGUGCUGUUAAUCAGAGCCAAUCCCAGCCGAAUCAGCUGCAGCAGCAGUUGGUAGCUGCGGCCACCCGAAACACACAGCUGGCAGCCCUGCAGCAGUCACAGCAGCUGCUCCAGCAAAAACAACAGAAAUCCGGCCAGAGUAUGCUCCUGACAAAUCCGUUACUCGGUUCUGCACUGUCCCAACAGAAGCGAAAACGCGGCCGGCCGCGAAAACUAUCCGGCAGUGAUACAGGCGGUGACGGAGAGUAUGAAGGCUACGAAAGUGACAGCGUUGUGCAAGGUUCUCCAGAACUGGUUGAAGCUAAAAUGGGAGCCGAUGGUCAUUCGAACUCAGGCGACGAAAAUGUCAUUAGCCGAUCGGAAGACCCAGACCAAGAUGACUCGAUGGAUGUGGAGUGCCCACAAGUCAUGAAUAAUAAUAACAACAAUAACAACAACAACAACAGCAGUAGCAAAAACGCCAGUAGCAAUCCCGCCUCUUCCGGUCCCACGACGGCAACUAGCACAAAGAGUGCCACCAACAUUAAUGCUGCUACCAACUCUACCAGCAAUGUGAAGAGCUCGGCCAGUAGUCUCAAGAAUGAGAACAGCAUGUCAGAUUCCAAAGAUUCCUUCAACGAGGACGACGCCUGCGAUCCCAUCGAUGACGACGACGAGGAAGAUAAUGACGAUUCGGACGAGGAACGGGAGCUCAACUCGAGCUAUAUGGAACCGCAGAUGCUGCUGGACGAGUACGAUGAACCGGUGGAGUUCAAGUUCGACCCGAAGUCGGACAGUGGAGCCGUCGAUUCGACAUCCAGUAGCUUUCCGCCGCCGCUGCAGGCAAAACCGGGUACGGUUACUAACAGUGCCGGCGGCGGUGGUCGAAUGCCGUUGAUCAAUGUGGUACCGACGACGUCAUUGUUGAACACACAGCUUCCCAAGCUAGCACCACUGUCGACGAACGCUGCGGCAGCAGCAGCAGCAGCCGCCGCCGCUGCAGCCGGGUUUCUCGGCACCAAAUCUUUACCAAAGCUUCACAAACGUCCCCGUCUGAUGGGGAAGUCGCAGAACGGUAUCACUGCUACGCAGACGAUUCUGAACAACCUGAAUAACAAUUUAAAUGAUAGUAUGAUCUCGACUUCGACCAGCGGUUCCACUGGCGCAACCGGUGCACUGCAAAUAUCGAAUGUCCUGUCCAGUUUGAACACGUCGGAUUUGUUCGAUAUGUACUCGAACAAUGUGAUGAACUCACCCACCACCCGAUCGUGUUCUAAUUCACCAUCGACAAAGGGAGGCUCCGGUGGAGAAGGUAGUAGCCGAACGCACAAGUACACGGUAAUCGACGAUACCGAAGGAAGCGUUCGGGAUUUUUGUACCAAAGAAGGGGACCACGUGUACCGGUGUAAGGUAUGCUCACGAGUCUACACCCACAUUAGCAACUUCUGUCGGCACUACGUGACAUCGCACAAGCGAAACGUAAAAGUUUACCCUUGCCCGUACUGCUUCAAGGAGUUCACUCGCAAGGACAACAUGACAGCGCAUGUGAAGAUCAUUCACAAGACGGAGUAUGCCCAGCAUAACACUAGUGGUUCGGAUUCGGGCCCUGCAUUGAUGAAUACCAACAGUAAUAGCAGUACAAACGGUUCCACCACGCCUGUUCCGACGACUUCGGCCAGUAGCUUCACGAAUACAGCAAUCAUCAAUGCCGUAGCGAACGCCGUCGGUCUGCAGCCAAAGAAUGCGGCAACAGCAGGAGCAGCAACAGCAGCCAGUACCGGGGCUGGUUUAAGGAUCUUAUUUCCAUCGAUCGGUGGUCAGAGUGCUUCCUCGUCCACGAUAUCACCUGCGCCUAGCUCCACCGGGGGUCAAUCCGGUACCAUCAGUAUCAAGAAGGAGUUUCAGGACAAACCGACUCCGUCGUCGCCCGGGGCUACCUCCCCGUCCGGUGGUUCGGUCUCAUCCAGUACGGCCACUUCACCGAGUUCGACAACGCUAGCCAGUAGUGGAACGGGGGCAGUGGCAGUGGCUACCGUUAGUCAGUGAUAGGGACCUAACCUUACGCCGCGUCCAAGCGGUGAAGGUGUACCCGUACAUGCGAACACACAAGAGGCUACUAACACUAAAGUAUAUCCAGCAGUCGAAUGGCACAAAACGGACUUGGAGAAGAUGGAGUGGAAGGAAAAGGAGAGAAAGAAAAAAGAAACACGAGAGACAGAGAGUGCGUGAGAACGAGCUGCAAUAACUGUUUUAUUUUAUGUUCUGUUGUUUAUUUAAUUAUUUUUCGCUGACCGAGAUCGUUAAUCAUUCCUUUAAAAGGGUAUUUGUAAUUUUAAUAUAUUUGGAAUUGUAUAGCAAGAAGCAAGCACAUGCGCCCCAAAAGGCGCCUACUUAAGGUAAGAAAGAGAUGUACUGCGUGUCGCGUCAAAAUCAAGCAAGAGAAAAAAAGUGCCUUCUCGGAAGGAGAACACAAAUGUCCUAACAUUUACAUAUUUAGUGUAACAUUUUUUUUUUUGGCUGAUUACCUUUACCUUGUAAUAUUUUAUUGUUAAUGAACAAAUGGAAACAAAAAUCCACACGAACACUUAUACAUACGAGUACAUAUAAAUACAACAACCACUUCACGCAAGUCUUCCCAUUUUAUGAAUCAACUUGAUGAAAUCCGCGGGGAGCGACCGCCUCCCUCGAUUGAAUCGAACGACAAAUGUCUGCAUUCAGGAAACAAAACAUACAAAAAAAACAUGUGUAGUACAAUAAACGUUUAAUCAAACAACUAUCGGCUUAAGGAACAAGAGAAAGCAAAUAUUUAAUGAACGUUGAACCAACCACCACCCGCGAGAGAGUCGAGAAUGCAAUUGGUUUUUUUUACAAUCCCUGUUUUCCUGUUUUCGAUCGAACACAACCGCCGAAGAAACCAAGCGUCGUUUGACCUGUUUUACCACAGUCAAUCUAAUCCGCUCUGGUAGACACUGAAGGAUUACACGGUGAACCAGCCCAAACAGCCUCCCUCUGUAGCGGAACUGAACAAAUCGUAACCCCUCAUUUUUGUAAACAAACAACCAGGUCGAUGUCAAUUUCGUUAGAUUGAACUGUCUUUUGUGCAUCGCAGUAGGCUGACCGUACAGGCGCUUUCGCUUAAAACUGAAAACCCGCAGCAAUUGCUGUCAAAUGCAUGGAUUUGACAGUAGUUGAGGUUCGCAGGGUAAAUAUUGUAUGCCGUUCAAUUCAAUAACGUUGAAUCUAGGAUCGAAUAGGGUUUCAAACGCAAACGAUUUGGCACGUAGUUAGGUCGGAAACUGGAUUAGGUUUAGCAUCAAGCAAAAACGACAUUAAUUUUCGUUUUUCAUGCAUGAAAACCCUAGCACCUGUUCAGCUGGAAUACAUACAAAAUAAAUACAGAACUUGUUCAAGUGUUGAUUUAGGCUGUGAACCAUUUUGCGAAUGAUUUUAACUGUUGAUUUUUUUUUUUGGAGUAGUUAAAUUUGACUAAAUCUACAACCCUAUUCAAAAUUUCUGAGACUUGCACUUUAUUGCAAGAUUAUUUCGAGUGUAAUUAACUGAAAAUACCCAUUCAAAUCAAAUUUUGGAGUUUUAAGACCCAUUAAGUUGUCAAACUCUUCUUGACAACGGAGUAAAUAACUACUCGAUGGCCAAAUUUGCGCUAAAAGUUGAAAUUAUUCGCAGAAUAUUUCACAGCAUACAUCAGCGUUGGGUCCGUACUAGAGAUGGGCAAUUCGUUCGCGAACGGUUCAAAAGAACUAGAUCUUUUGAAAGAAUGAAUGAGCAGCAGUUCUUUUUUCGAGAACGGUAGUUUCUCAGUUCAAAGUCGAGGGACCUUUUAUUUGCUCGAUUAACCUAUUUUCGAGAACGGUAGUUCUGUAAUAAGAAAGCUGCAUCACGACAGCUUAGGUCGAAUUCGUGGGACCUUUUUUUUGCUCGCCAAACCUAACAAUACUAAGUUCUCGUUUAGUCUUUGAACUAACAAACCAACUAUGAAAAGAACGAACGAACGGCUCUGGAGAACUAGUUCUUUCAAUAGAACUUUGCAUCACUGAACGGUUCUUUGAAAUGAACUGUUUUGCCCAUCUCUAGUCCGUACUAAGCAACGGUGGGGUGUAAGAGAACCCAAUAUAAGCCAUUGGGAUGCCAAGUCAUAUUUUCAAAAAAUCCGUGUUGGUGUUCCUACAAUAAGUCUGUGCAAAAUCUGUGUCUACUUCAUAUAAGAACAUUGCAGAUCGGGAUCAUUUUCGUGAGCAAAGAAAAAGUGUUCAACACUUUCAAGUGUUCUAUCGGAAAUACAUUUUCACUGGGUUUUCCAUAGAAAUUUGAACAGUCAGUAAUCGAUUUCGGAAAUCGGUGAAAGUGAAUCUGACAUAUCUGAACAUAAGCAUCAGGUUCAAAACUGGCGUUGCAACUAGGUUCGAAAAGGGCUUUAAACAAACAGUUUGACAGUAUGGAUCAGAAUGCAAAUUGGAUUAGGCUUGGCAUCAAGUGAAAAUGACAUUGGAGGUUGUUUUUUCACUACUGAACAGCAUUCGGCAAUUGAAAAAAAAACUGGCGAAAGAAAUAAACUGACAGUAGAUUGUGAGAAGCGAGAAACCUGCUUACAGCUUCUUAUUUCUUCAAUUCAAAGUGCAAAAUUGGUUUGCUCUAAGAUUCCACUUACAAUUAUGGCAAUUGUUGAAAAAACAACGAAAACCAGGUUUAUCCAUUAUCGCUUGAUGUUGGAUACGUCUUACUUUUUUAUGGGACUAGUUUUUCAAAAUUUACCCUGUACAAGAAUGGGUUGAACUUAUUCGUGAAUAUCGCUUGCUGUACUUAACGUUGCAGCAAAAUUUUUGCUCCAAACAAUCAUAUGAUAAAAUUUUCAGUGGCAUGAAUUAAUAACAAGUAAUGUAAAAUUAAAGUUUUCUAAAAUUUUCAUUAGCAAUGAGCAUCAAAGAACGACGGGUUUGACAUGGUGAGCGAUACAUUUCAUUUAUUGUAGCUUGCAGUUGGUUGAACUGGACGUUCUAGACAUGAUUUCGGUCGGUUCUAGUCCAGAAGACAGCUUCAGAAUUCAAUUUCCAAGCUCAGAGUUCCAGAAUCCAAAUCUAAAAAUUGAGAUUCAGAAAUGUGAUGAAAGCAUUAAGUUUUGUUCGUUUUCACGUCAUCCAGUUAUGUCUCUGACAUUAUCCACCCACCAUUUUGUCUAUUUCCGCCUAACGACAGUAGGUAAAACUGCUUUUACGUUUCUUAACAAUGAUUGUUUGCCUAAGAUUUUAAUAUUUUUUUUAUUUUAAUUAAUUUAUUCCUUAAUAAUUAUUUACACUUUUCCGAUCUGAUUCAGUGUCGACUCUGUUCCGAGCACGAACGAUAAUAUUUUUCCACACGUAUUCAAUGCAUGUUUUCAAACUUAUCCGGUCAUGUUUUGGGACGAUACUGAGCUUUUUCCUUAGCUCAGUUCUUAAUUUCACCAAAGCUUUUGUCUUCAAAAAAUACACACACUUCUCCGGCAAAACCUAUUCGAAUUGGGAAAAAUUGAAAAUAAUUCCUUGUGUAUCGUCUUCGACUUGUCAGUGCAUAGCUAUUCAAGUAGAGCCUAGCAGUUCACUCGAACCGUCAAGCAGACGAAUAGCUUAAAAUCUGCUUGAACAAUAACAUAAUUGUUGCGAAAUUAAAUAUGAUUAUGGUUUCAGUAGUCAUCUCGUUAGUGGAAAAUACCAUUUGAUAAACGUAUUAAACUAUUCCAUGUAUAAUCCAAACAAUAUUCCUGAAUGUUUGAUGAUGUCCAAUAAAAUACUAUAGCUAGUUUAUGGUAUUCGUCUAUGCGGAGAAUCACCACGUUAUUUAUUUUUAUACUGUCUUAUUAUUAUUAUGUUAGUUUAUUUAACCUCGGUUUUAACCUUAAGAUCAUUCGCCGAGGUUAAGCACAAUAUCUUAGCUUUUGCUCUGAGAAGUAAUAUCAUUAUCAAAAAAGUGCAACAUUGUUGAUAUAGUGAGACGAAAAUUCGAAGCGAAUGCACUAAUUUUCAUCCUACCCUACCUUGCUUUGAACCAAUGCAUCGAACAGAAAUAGCAGAUUUUACAAGCGAGGGAUACCAUUACCAUAUGCUCGUAUUAAUGUAGAUGCGUCCCUCACCGAUAAAUGUUCGUCGGCAGUUCAAAGUCUAAUUUUGCACUUCCGAUUAAAUUUGACAGUUCUUCGACUAAUGCGAACAUCGCCUACUAGAUUAUAUUUCCUCUUCAUAUCCCAACAAAUAGUGCCUUCACCGUGUAAUCAAAUCACAUCUUGGAACCGAACAGCCGGGGGCUUUUGCAGCAAAAUAGAAAAAAAAAAUGUCUCAUCAUUUCACAUUGCAAUCGUCGUACCUUUCUUGUGUCCCACACAAAGGUUCAUGAAACCUGCCGCUUUGCGGCUCUACAAUGUUGUCAAUACUGGAACCAAUGCUUUCCAAGCGGGCAUCAACAGCACCAGAACUAACAAAGAAGAAGAAAUAUUUUGUUAUUUGCCUCCAAGGCUACUACUACUACAACUACUAUUCAGAUUUUUAAUUUGAAAAAAAUGGAAUCGUACUCUGAGACACCGAUCGCGGCCGGUGUGUGCGUGUCACAUGGCGGCAGAAGUAUAACAAAAUUCUGUGAUUGAUUUAUGUUUAAUUUGUAUUUCUUUUUUUGUUCGUUUAUUUUUUAUUUUCGUUUUCCUAGUAAUUUCGUUUGAUUGAAAAUCUACCCACUGCUGUAUUUCUGUCUGAGAAAACAAAAAAUUAAUUGCAUUUCAGCUGGAAAAUUUGAGUAAUUUUGGAGAAAAAAAUCCAGUCAAAACAAAUUUGGUGGAACGAAAUAAAAACAAAAAAAAACUUUCAAGUCUGAGAUAGUAAUUAACGGCCGAUCGAAGUAAUGGAAAGCAAAUUCUAUUAACGCGUUUUGUUUGGACACCAGAAAACAGUCGAUUUUGGGAUCACUUCGGUGACGUUAGACGGGAACAAAAGGUUAUCAAUUAAGGGCAAUAGAAAAGUAGUAUAGGAAGUAAUAUUUAUAUACCAAGUAGGGGGCUAAUUAGUUUUCGAAAAAAAUGAAUCAAAACAAAAAAAAAUUACAUUAUCUAACAAGAAAAAAACCAUAAAAUAUUUAAUCGGAAACCAUUUUAGCCACGUAAGCAAUUUUAACUAUCGUAUUUUAAAUGUUUGUUGUAGCAGUUUUUUUGUUUACUAUUUUCUUACUAGAACACGUGUACAUAUUUUAAUGAAUUGGAGUAGCCGCAAACGGUAAAAGUACUGCAAUAUUUUUUUUUAUAUUUGCUCUAAUUUUUCGCGAGCACCGAUCUUCACACCUCCGCACUAAUGAUUUAAUUUUAACCUAUGGUAAAUACGAAACUAAAAACAGCAAAACGUCAUGCAAAGGUAGAUAGUGCAAUUUUACGUUUAAGGCUUUCACCGCAGCAGUUUUUGUUUAUUUUGUCUCUAUACUCUUAGAAAAAGGGCAAGAGGUAGUUGAAUUUUUAUUAGCAAGCAAAGGCUGUUUUUUUUAACAACUCCUAUUCAUUGAAGUAAUUUGUUUUUAUCCUUUAGAGAUCUUUUUCACCAGCACCACCUACAAUUAGACGAAGAAGGAAACAGUAAAAAAAUAGCGCACAUUUAGCACUCGGUUUCACAUUUGACUGCUAGUACGAUAGAUCGUUUCGAAUCCAAACAGUGCUCUCGUGGUAGCAAAGGGAGAGCACAACAGAAAAUCUAUAUAGUUACACGAAAAAGUAAUUACUAUGUUUUAAUCGUAGCCUAAUUAAUAAUCAUUUUUGUAUUCUUUAUCGAAUAUAUUAUUAUAAAAAAUAUUAUAUUUUAUUACUACUAAUAUAUACGCAAAAAACUACACACAGACACCCAACACAAUCUAUAUUUAAACGAAAAGGAGCAAACAGAAAGAUGGAAAAUUCAAUAAAGUGAAAAUGUACAUUAAACCAUACCAUUCU